AUGUCUGCAUGUCCGACAACGAGGACUCCGCUGCCGCCAUAUCCUCUGCCAUGGCGAAAGCGUGAAUAUGGCGACAGGCUUCCUCGCAUACUGCUGUGGAACCGAACCGGACUUGGUAGGUGGUGGACCGCCGGAGAUGCCGUGUGUCCUAUCGGAAGGAACCGUUCGGUCGUGUGUGACGUCACCGAAGACCAGCACGAGCUGAGUUCAAGCGACGCUGUUGUCUUUAUCGCUGACCACUUGAAAUACUUGAACCUGCCUACACUACGCACCAACUUUCAGCCCUGGAUCUUUUGGGUCAAGCACACCCGACCUCCACAGGAAGAGCGCGCGACGCGCAGUGGCUCACUUUUACGGCGUUUUGCAACAGACAUGUUCACCUGGACCAUGGCCUACAGGGACGAUGCUGAUAUUGUCGUGCCUUACAAGACAUGGCGCUGUGGCUCAGCUACGGACAAGCCACUGGCCAAGACCAUCGAGCGGCCCCUUGAUACCCUGACAUCUCGGGAGAGAAAAGACGCCGCUUGGGUCCUCGGCAGCUGUGAACAGUACCGCUUCGAGAACCAAAUACUGGCCCUCGGUACAGUCGACGACCCAGUUGGCUUCAGAUCGGUCGAUGCCGACACCAGUACGGGGGACACUGUUAGCAUACGCCUAUUUCCUGAUUGCGGAGCGAACGAAUGUUCAUCGCGAGGUGAGUGCAUACAGCAUAUCGCUCAUAACUACCACUUCAUAAUCGUCUCUUUGACACCCGAGUGCUUCCAAAGUGCCUACGAACUCAUCUACGACGCGUUCGAAUACAGCAUAGUUCCCGUCGUGUUGGCGCCAGCGAAUUCCAAUCUGAACGUUCCCGACCAUUCGGUGGUCAGCUCGGCUGACUUUCGAGAGCCAGGCGAACUUGCUGCGCAAUUGCGGAAUCUCCUGAGCGACCGCGCUAUGUACGAGAGCUAUUUUGCCUGGAAGCAAAACUGCUCCUUGACGCCGCCCAAAAACGAACUGUGCCCGUUGUGUCGGGUGUUGUGGGAAACGCCCGCUGAUCAUCUCAAUGUUCAUCCCGGCGUCAACGAGUGGUGGGGGCGGCGCCUCGUCUGCCAGCGUGAGUCUUUGCAUGGACUUGACUCUGCGUUUGUAUUGGAGCGUUGA